AUGGACCUCAGUUAUCCAAGAUGGUUUGGCGGGUCUGCAUCGUGCAUGGCAGUAUUGGUUUCUCAUCCGUUUGAUCUGAUCAAAGUACGAAUGCAGACAGUAUCAACCGGUGCUAAGGAAGGGUUCGUCCCUACUGGGCUGCACAUUAUCAAACAAGAGGGAGCAAAGGGUCUCUAUCAUGGGCUUUCUGCUGGUAUCAUGAGAUCAGUAACCUACGGAACAUCUCGAAUUGCUCUCUACGAGGAGAUGAAGCAAUCUGCGAAAGAUAGGGACCAAUCCCUUAGCAUCCCACUACUAGCUACAAUGGCAGCCGUUUCAGGUUUCAUCGGUGCAAUAUUCGGUACACCAUCCGAUAUAGCUAAUGUCAGAAUGCAAAAUGAUCGGUCAUUGGCAAUUGAGAACCGUCGAAAUUACAAGCAUGUCUUUGAUGCUUGGAUCCAGAUGAAGAGGCAUGAGGGCUGGAAGGCCUUCAAACAGGGACUUUGGCCGAAUUGUUUUCGCUCUGGAACAAUGACAGCCAGUCAGCUGGCUUCAUACGAUGUAUUCAAACGAUUACUGCAGAGACUCGGAAAGACAGAGGAGGAGAAGCCUUUAAUUCAUCUUUCUGCGUCGAUUUUGGCUAGCUUAGUAGCGACGUCGGUCUCUAGUCCCAUGGAUGUGAUCAGGACGCAGUUGAUGAAUUCUUCGGAAAAGAUGUCGGUGUUGCAGGUCGUGAGACAUCUUACUCGAUCGGAGGGUCUUCGGUGGGCUUUCCGCGGUUGGGCCCCUAGUUUUAUUCGAAUGGGCCCUCAGACUAUCGCUACUUUGGUUAUGUUGGAGCAGCAUAAGCGCGUUUAUCGUAUGAUGAAAGCCGGGGAAUGCUAG